AUAUUGAGACUACUCACACACAGUUUAUCAUUUACACCUCGCGAACGGCUAGAUGCACGCUUUCUAGCGUCUUGCCCCAGAAAGAAAAAUUAGCGAUCCAGUAGCCCAAAAGGUUUUGCUCCCUUUACAUGCCCUCCUUAUUUAGCUUGUGGAAGAGUACCACAGCUCCCUUUCUGACGUGUAUUUUCUAAGUUGAUGUCGAGAAACUGGAUGAGCUAAAAAAAAGGCGUGUUCAUAGGAUAGUCCAAGCGUGCACAGCCUUCGUUCCGCCAUCAGCUUCACUACAAAGGGUAUUAAUAUCAAGAUCUCAUACGUUAUGAUCACGAGUCAUCCCUGCUCAUGAAACCUAGAUGCAAACCAUCACUAUCGACUAAAGGCUGCCCAGAGUUUGCUUCCUUUUCAACGCUUACAGCACCAUCUUCACUUCGCACAUGCAAGUUUCAACGAGUAUUAGUAUGAAAGUAGCAAAAACCCGGAAAGCCCAUACAAAGUCUCGAAGCGGCUGUUUCCCUUGCAAAUCCAGGCAUAUCAGAUGCGACCAGCGUAAACCAAUCUGCUUCAAUUGCGAGAGAUAUGCUGCUGAAUGUGUAUAUCCUCAGCCCAAACCGGUCUUGGCGCCACAGAUUGAUACUCCAGGUCUGUCCCCAGACAUACCAAGUAUUGAAGCCAUAUGCCGUGACCACACCAGCCAUCUGGAUCAAAUACAGGCAGAAGGCCAGGAGGCGACGUUGAGCAUUUCACAACUUCGGCUACUUUAUCACUUCACCACGGUCACCGCAAAGACCCUUUCGGCCGACCCAUUAAAUGAGGACGUGUACUCAUCCUACCUUGUCAAAGUCGCAUUUCGAUACCCCUUCCUCCUUCAUGCGAUACUCUCUCUUGCGGCAUUGCAUCUUAGUCACACAGAACCGCGUCAGGAGAAGGAGGAACUUUUGGCACUCGCUGGCCGACACCACAUGGAUUCCAUAAGUCGCUUUCGGACGGACAUCGCGGACGUCAAUCAAUCGAACUACGAGGCUGUCUUCCUCUUUAGCAGCACUUUAUUUCCAUAUCUCUGGGGUUCCUUGAUUGGUACCGAUACCUCUCUAGAUCACACAUUCGACAGCAUCAUCUCGAAUCUCUUCAUGACCAGAAGGGUGCGCCCCCUUGUCCAUGAAUUCUAUGAAACACUUUCGCAAUCCGAGCUUGGGAGACUGCGGCCGCAAGAUACACGGACCAUCGACUGGCAGUUUGUUGUGCUGCCCACAAAGACCGAAUUGGUUGGUUUACAAAAGUUUGCAGACCUCGCCCAUGAUAUCUUCGAUGGAGAUGUAGCCGAGGCGUACAACCAAGCAAUUCGUGUCCUCAUAGUGGUUUUUGAUGUGGCAGCACAAUCUCUCUCGGCCCCGUCUGACGCCCUUCUGAAAAUGUGGAUUCAUUUCGUUACUCCACGUUUCUUGCAUCUGCUAUCAGAAAGAGAGUUUGGGGCCUUAAUCAUAUUUGCCCAUUAUGCUGUCUUAGUUGACAGGGCGUCACACUAUUGGUUCUUGGUCGGCGCGUCCACAAAGAUACUCACAACUAUAUGUCCACUUAUACCUACUCAAUGGCAGUCCUGGAUAGACUGGCCUCGAGCCCAGAUAAAGAUGGCCGAUCCUGUAGAAACAUGCGCUUAUACACUGUAGAAUACCUGCUGCAAUUUUAAGUACACUUAUCUUAGGUUCUGGCGGGCUAAUCUCGAAGCAAACAGUUGAGGCGUGCUCUAACAGGUUGCCUACAACAUCUAAGAAAUUUAUUUCGAAC